CCUACAUGUAGGUAUGGCAAAAGGCUGGGAUACCGGAGCACUGCGUUUCUGCCUCGCAUAGGCGCGCACCACAUCGGAAAGCGAGCCACUCCGCUGUGCACGCCCUCAGUGCUCAGUGCCUAAAACGCGCCACUCUUCUACCGAGUAAAGUUGACCGUUGUUGGAAUUAUCUGCGAGGGAAAUAAACGGAAGUCGUUGGAUGUGGUGGAAUAUCACCUUGGACCGAGGCGAAGCUGCGGAUCAGUGAGCGGUACAUGUGAACGCUGCGUCUUCUCUUGCGUUCCGUUGAUACUACAACCCGCAUUUGGGUCGUCAUUUGGAAGGAUGUGUAUGUCAGCACGACAUAUACAGAAUAACGUUACAGCAACGUAUUAACUUUUGGGUUAAAUUAUUUUGUCUGGUUUUGGGAAGAAAGUUUUGAUUACAUUAAAAGACGGUGGAUGAUUUAUGUUCGCUGUUUGGCAAGACUUGGAGUUAUGCUUGGAUAUUGUACAAUUCAAUGCGUCGAGACCACCUUGGAGUGCUAACGAGCAACAAGGGGAAGAAAGAUUUUUAUUUGCUGGAAAGAAACGGCAUCGGAGCAUCAUUACUUUCAGCUCCUUAACUCGGAUAUCGUGCGCAAUUUUCCAGAAUGCAUCUCUAUAUAUACGGUUUACUGUUGUUGUUUGACGAACUACUGCCCCCGACCCUCGCCAGCGGCAACUCGGCCCUGCCGGUGGGGCCCGACGCGGGGAUGGUGGACUGUGUGAAGGCCAACGACAUGUGCAACCAGAACGCGGCGUGCAGCUCGCGCUACCGCGUCAUGCGCCAGUGCCUGGUGGGCCGCGACCGCAACACCAUGCUGGCCAACAAGGAGUGCCAGGCGGCCAUCGAGGUGCUGCAGGACACGGCGCUCUUCAGCUGCCGCUGCAAGCGCGGCAUGAAGAAGGAGCUGCAGUGCCUGCAGAGCUACUGGAGCUUUCACAUGGGACACGGCGAAGCUGAGGAGUUCUACGAAGCCUCCCCAUACGAGCGGUUCCAGCGACUGGCCCCCAUCCAAGGUAAGGUGAGCCCCUCCUCCACCCAGCGAGGAAGUGCCCAUUGCCUGGACACGGGGAGCACCUGCAACCCCUGCCUAGAUGCCACCAAGAACUGCAACCUGAACGACACCUGCAAGCGCCAGCGCUCCACCUAUAUCGCCACCUGCAACAAGGGCCAGGGGCAGGGCCAGGGGCCGCCACAGCCACAGGACACCUGCAACCGCAAACGCUGCCACAAGGCGCUGCGGCAGUUCUUCGACCGUGUGCAGACGGAACACAGCUACGGGCUGCUGUUCUGUUCAUGCCGCGACCAGGCCUGUGCCGAGCGGCGCCGCCAGACCAUUGUGCCGGCGUGCUCCUUCGAGGAGAAGAACAAACCCAACUGCCUGGAGCUCCGCAAGACCUGCCGCACAGACCCACUCUGCAGGUCCAGGCUGGCGGACUUCCAUGCACACUGCCUGAUGACUCCGGAGUCGAUCAACGGCUGUCCUAACGAGGACUAUCAAGCCUGCCUUGCCUCCUACGUUGGCCUCAUCGGCACUGACAUGACGCCCAACUAUGUGGACCACACCCCGACCAACUUCACCAUCUCCCCAUGGUGCUCUUGUCGCGGCAGCGGCAACAAGGAAGAGGAGUGCGAGAGGUUCCUGCAGGACUUCAGAGAGAACAGCUGCCUCAGAUACGCUAUCCAGGAGUUUGGUUCUGGCACUGACCGGUCUAAGCCUGCCACGAUCGCUCCCACCACCUCAGUCAAGCCAUACCAGGAAGUGAGCGUGCAUGUUACCAAGACAACAGCCAAUCCCGAGAGCACCUUUGAUUGCCUCUCCUGCACUAAUUUGGGGUAUGGAGAGACGUGCAAUUCAGCCUGUGAUCCCUCGGUGAGACAAAACGACGCACCCAGAGAACCAUUCAAGAUCAAGGACCCCAUAAACAACUCCGCCCAGCUCAAAGGCCGCCACGCCUGGAUGUGGAUCACCUGCCUCACCCCUCUGCUGGGUGUCCUCGCUCUGUAAAAUCAACAAGUAAACAAACAAAAACAAAAACAGUCACGGACCAGGGAAUGUUUUGAAUGGGCCAGGCAGCAUCAAGAAGACAAGGCAGAGCAAUGUCCCCUCUUCCGCAGUCCAAAGUUAGCCCCCAUUGUCCAUUAACCUGCCCAAUCCCCACCACCUAACUGCCCCACUCCCCCACCCCUACACUCCCCACACCCACCUCUACAACCCAGCCCCACCUCCCAGAGGGAUCCUCAGACAUCAAAACAGACUCUCUAUCUCCUCCAUGCUGCCUCAGCCUCCUUCGUUCCUCUUUCCUUUCCUCCUCUUUUCCUCCUCCCCCCUUCUGUUCUUUCAGCGACCAUGAUGAUAGAUGAAGAGAGGAAGACAGACUGACAGUCUGUGAGAAAGCCCUUGUGUUGCAUAUCGAAGACUUUGCUGCAGCCCUGCCCACGAUUUUCUGGAAGAAUGAGAACGAGAGACCAUGUGUGUGUGUGAGAGAGAGAGACAGAGAAUGAAAGAGAGCUUUGGAGAACAAUCUAAGGGAUUUGAAUGGAGAGGGAAAAAUGAUAAUGAAAUGAGUGUGACUAAGAAGCGAACGGAAGAGCACGACCACGAGCAAGCAAAACUGAAAGCUCAAAAUGAUUGAAUGAACAUUUGACUGAAUGAAUGAAUGGAUGAGUAAGGGAAAAAGUGUGCAAGGACUUGGUGGUUGUCCAUGCCAUCUGUUAGAUUCCAAAGCGGAGGAAGACCUUGAGUGUUUUAUUGACUUUGAGAGCUAAAGGAAGAGAGGCCUUUGUCCUCUGCUUGUCCUACUAGACCUCCUAUAUACUAUUGAAAAAGACUUGUGGCGUCCCGAUUGUGGACUUCACCAUCACAGUAUGCUGUCUCCCAAACUGCCGGUACAGGAGCUGCUGUGAUUCACCCUACCUUACGCAACAACCUGACCCAACCACAUUUCUCAUGUCUUUUCCUCUUGUAAACAUUCGGUUACCUUCUGGAUUCUUCUUUUUUAUUAUUAUUAUUUAACCGCAACUUUAUCCUGGAGUUACAUUUUUCCCCCUUUUUUCUUCACUCGGAUCAUCUCCACUCAUUAGCACUAAGGAUUUCCCAUUUUGAUCACGCCUCAGUACGUCCUCUACUUUUUUUUAUUGGGAUUUGUUUUUAUUAUUCCGGAGCCACAGCGGAUAAUCUCUUUUACCCCCUCUUAAGUCUUUUUUGAAAAGGAAACGUAUUUGAUGUUUAAAUCUGUGCCCUUUUUUGAACUUGUCAGGAAGGGGAGCUUGGUGACAGGCGUAUAGAUGCUCCAUUUUAGUGCUGUAUUGUGUCAACAUAUUAUUUGAAGAAGAAAAAAAAAUACACACUUAAAAAUCUAUAUUGAUCAAAGGGAGACAAUGUAAAAAGCUGAACCUCACAUGUUAAAGCUGUUCUUCUUAGAAAAGAAAAGUGGGUAAAGGAUUCAAACAGUCACCCACAGAUGAAUACUUUUGUUUUUAUUUUGUAUUUUUGUUUGUUUUGUUUUGUUUAUUUUCUGUGACUAUACACUUUCUUUCCUUGUACAAAUGUUGAUUAUUAUGUACUGUCUUUGAGGAACAAUUUGCUGUGUAAAAGAUUGUUUUAAAGGUCCAGAGCACUGGUGAUGAAUCUUCAUAUGAAAGGUAACACAAAGUUUAUAUUUGAGGUGUUCACGAGAAGCAGACUUGGGCAGCCAUUUGAACAGUCUCCCUCACCAUGUUUUAAAUAAAAAAGGAUAUAUCCAAAGGGUAUAUCUUUUUUUUCAAAAAAGAACAAUAUUCUGUGGAAAUCUAACUGUCAGUGUGUAAUAUAGUGUGCAAUUUAUCAUGUGGCCUUAAUAUAACCCUACCCAAGAAGUCUCUGGUGUGACGAUAUAGUUCCUACAGUCAAAAUAUGGGGGAGAGCCAUAAAAAUGAGAUGAAUGACCAAUGUAUGAAAAAAAAGGACUUUGUUGUUUUGAACUGUUUUCAAUGUUUCCAGAACAGUGUAUCUGCUUCACUAACAACAGCAUCAGUAAAUGCACUAGAUAUAUUUCCUGUAUUAACAUUCCAACACUGAAUUCAAGUUAAGUGGUGGACUGGACACUGCACAGUGGCAUUGGGGUGUAUGUGUGUCUUUCGGAGCGAGACGGAAGCUGUGGGAGAGAUGUUUGGAGCACUGUUUGUCUCUCUGGCUUGCUCAACUUGCAUAGGCUACUGACCCCAUUAAAGCCGAGCAAAACGCACUUCAAUAAAUACCAAUUACUGACAUGCAUUUAUGUUUUUUUUUUGUUUUGAAAAAGGAAAAAAAAGACUGUACUAUCUACUGAUUUGGUUCAGGGAAGUGUGAAGAAGGAAAAUACUCUGCAACUACAUGAUUGUACAGCUCAAUGUAAAUUUAUUGAAUACAUGAUGCACCUGAGUACAAAAUA